AUGAACCCUUCUCCACCACUCGCACACCCUUCUCCGCCACUCGCACUCUCCACCACUCGCAAAUCCUUCUCCACCACUCGCACCCUCUUCUCCACCACUCGCAACCCCUUCUCCACCACUCGUACACCCUUCUCCACCACUCGCACCCCCUUCUCCACCACUCGUACCCCCUUCUCCACCACUCGUACCUUCUCCACCACUCGUAGCCCCUUCUCCACCACUCGCACGCCCUUCUACACCACUCGUACCCCCUUCUCCACCACUCGCAAAGCCUUCUCCACUACUCGCACACCCUUCUCCGCCACUCGCAUUCUCUUCUCCACCACUCGCAAAUCCUUCUCCACAACUCGCACCCUCUUCUCCACCACUCGUAACCCCUUCUCCACCACUCGCAAAUCCUUCUCCACCACUCGCACCCUCUUCUCCACCACUCGCCUCACUCUCCCGCAUUCAAACUUGGCUCAUUAA